UUUAUCCGAAGUGGUCACCCGGAAACCGAGAAGUACAUAUAAAGUGCCGUAGCGUUUAGUUCUACCUUAAUGUAAUAGAUUCCAUUUUACUUUUUUUCUCAAUCCAGACUUUCUGGAAUGCUCAAACAUUUCUUCAUCAAGUAAGCUCCUGGAAAUUCCAACGAUAUGAAGUGAAAGUUACAUUUUCUCACUUUCUUUUCCAAUAAGCAUAAUUUCCCAGUGAUUCAAAGUCAUGAAUUCAAUUAUUGCAACUCAGAACAAUGCAACAGCAAAAAGGUUUCCCACUGAGGAAACUGUUGUUGAUGGGGAAGACAUAAUUAGCAAGUUGCAUGAAAGCAUUCUUGGUCACAUUCUGUCUUUCCUUCCAACAAUGGAAUCAGUCCACACUAGUGUGUUAUCAAAAAGGUGGGUUGAUGCUUGGAAAUCCAUCACUGGCCUACAAUUUAAUGAUACUUUGCUUUGUUUUGGGAAAAAGAUGCAAAAAGAACAGUUUGUGUGUUUUGUGAACAUGGUGUUUCUUCACCUUGCCAAUUCAAGUAUCCACAAUUUCUCUCUUUGUUUAACACGUUAUCAGUAUGAUUCAACCUUGAUAAGUGCAUGGAUCUCCUUUAUCUUUAAAAGGGGUGUCCAUAAUCUUCAUAUUCAGUAUGCUGAUAAUGUCCACUUUCCUUCCCAUUCACUCUUUAGUUGCAACUCUCUGGUACAAUUAGUGCUUCAAAUGAAAUGUACUAUUAGUGUUCCCAUCUUUUCUUUUCUCCCAAAUCUUCAAAACCUUAGCAUUUCUGGGAUCAGGUUAGUGAGUGAAUCCUCCAAUUAUUCAGAAGAUCUAAUUCUUAACUUCCCAGUUCUCAAAGUGCUUGAAGCUAGAGGAUGUGAGUGGUUAACUAAGCAGAACAUUAGUAUCAAAGCACCUCAACUUGAAAGGUUUUCCAUAGCAAUAUGGAACUCCCUAUCAAAUGAAUCACAUAAAUCUGCCAUCAAGAUUUUUGCUCCUAAUCUAACAGAUUUCUCUUAUGAGGGUGAUCUUGAGCAACAUAUCAUUCUGUUGAAUUCAGCAUCAAUUCGUAGUGCGUCUGUUGUGGUUGUUAUUGAUGAGGACAACAAAGAAAGAAUGGAAAAUCUUGGGUUUAAAGUGCAUAAUCUUCUUGCACAAAUCCGUGAAGUGGAGCGAUUGAAACUAUUGUUUUACAAGGUUUUAAUGCAUGUCAGUGAUAUUUUCAGCCAUCUACCUGCAUUUGGAAGGUUGGCAUCCCUACAAUUAAAUGAGGUUACUGGAGAAGCUCUGUUAAACAUUCUUCACAAUUCCCCAUUUCUUAAUACUCUUGUUUUAAAAAAUGGGGUAUCUGAAUUAAAUAAAGAUGUUUUGACUUCUGCAUCAGUGCCUCAGUGCUUUCAGUCUAGCCUCAGAGUUUUUCAGUUCAAAGAAUUUAAUGUGCAUGAGCAUGAGCUUCUUUUGCUGAAAUUUGUGAUGGCAAAUGCAAAAGUCUUGGAGAAAAUGACUAUAUAUACUGCUUUUUGGCUGCGGUAUUCAGAUACUGACAUGGAAAAGGUCAAGGAGCAAAUACUCUCUUUUCCAAAGUGUUCCGACUUUGUCAUGAUACAAUUAUCUAAUGUUAACAGUUGCUGAAGAGGAGGUGUCGUUAAUAACCAUAGGUAAAAGGUGUGGUGUCAUAGAUUCACAAAUAAAGGUGACCCUGAUUUCAAGAUA